AUGUCCAGCACACAUAAGGCCAGUAUACUGAACAGACCAGUCACACCUAAGAACGGGUGUGGAUACACCUCAACAAGGCGUCAACAUAUCAACCAUGUCACAGAACAACCGGAGUGGAUACACCUCAACAAGGCGUCAACAUAUCAACCAUGUUACACAUAUCAACGGAUGUAG